AGAAGAAAGGUAGGAAGAUUCCGAAAUUAGAGGAGCUACUUUCGCAAAGAGAUUUCACUGGAGCUAUUACCCUACUGGAGUUCAAACGUCACGUUGGGGAACAAGAAGAGGAUACUAAUCUGUGGAUUGGAUACUGUGCUUUUCACCUGGGUGACUACAAGAGAGCUUUGGAGGAAUAUGAAAAUGCGACAAAGGAGGAAAAUUGCAAUCCUGAAGUCUGGGUGAACCUAGCCUGUACCUACUUUUUUCUUGGAAUGUAUAAACAAGCUGAAGCCGCCGGAUUUAAAGCUCCAAAAAGCCGACUUCAAAACCGCCUCCUUUUCCACUUGGCUCAUAAGUUUAAUGAUGAGAAGAAGUUGAUGAACUUUCAUCAGAAUCUUCAGGAUAUCACAGAAGAUCAACUCAGUUUGGCCUCAAUCCACUAUAUGCGAUCUCACUACCAAGAAGCUAUUGAUAUUUAUAAGCGAAUACUGCUAGAUAACAGGGAAUACCUUGCCCUCAAUGUAUACGUGGCCCUAUGUUACUACAAGUUGGAUUACUAUGAUGUGUCUCAAGAAGUUCUGGCAGUUUACCUUCAGCAAAUUCCUGAUAGCACCAUCGCACUCAAUCUUAAGGCCUGUAAUCAUUUUCGCCUUUACAAUGGCAAAGCAGCUGAGGCAGAACUCAAAAGCUUGAUGGACAACGCUUCUUCUUCCUUUGAGUUUGCUAAAGAACUCAUCAGGCACAAUCUGGUUGUUUUCCGAGGAGGUGAAGGGGCUUUGCAGGUUUUGCCUCCUCUGGUUGAUGUCAUUCCCGAAGCUCGGUUAAACUUAGUGAUUUAUUACCUUCGUCAAGAUGAUGUACAAGAAGCUUAUAACUUAAUUAAGGAUCUGGAACCUACUACUCCUCAGGAGUAUAUCCUCAAAGGAGUGGUCAAUGCGGCCCUUGGCCAGGAAAUGGGUUCGAGGGACCAUAUGAAAAUUGCCCAGCAGUUCUUCCAGCUGGUGGGAGGGUCAGCGAGUGAGUGUGAUACAAUACCUGGGAGGCAGUGCAUGGCUUCCUGUUUCUUUCUGCUUAAGCAAUUUGAUGAUGUCUUGAUUUACCUCAACUCAUUUAAGAGUUACUUCUACAACGAUGACAUCUUUAACUUUAAUUAUGCCCAAGCCAAAGCUGCCACAGGCAAUACAAGUGAGGGCGAAGAGGUUUUCCUUUUAAUCCAAAGUGAGAAGAUGAAAAAUGAUUACAUUUACCUCAGUUGGUUGGCUCGGUGCUAUAUCAUGAACAAGAAACCAAGACUAGCCUGGGAACUUUAUCUUAAGAUGGAAACCUCUGGCGAGUCGUUUAGCCUCUUACAGCUCAUUGCUAAUGACUGCUACAAGAUGGGCCAGUUCUACUAUUCAGCCAAAGCUUUUGAUGUCCUAGAGAGGCUGGAUCCCAACCCUGAAUAUUGGGAAGGCAAGAGGGGUGCCUGUGUGGGCAUUUUCCAGAUGAUCUUAGCUGGAAGAGAACCCAAAGAGACCCUUCGAGAAGUGCUCCAUUUACUGAGAAGCACGGGUAACACCCAGGUGGAGUACAUCAUCCGGAUCAUGAAGAAAUGGGCCAAAGAAAACAGAGUGCCUGUCUAAAAUGGCUCCAGAGUCCGAGGGAACUAGUCACCACUUGGAUGUGUAAAUGGAAAGCAUUUUCCUCAAGUUUAAUGUGAAACGCAGGGCUCUGUUCUUUGACAUUUCCUUCCUUGCCCCUCGACCCUCAAGAUCAGUGACUGACUUGCUUAGAACUAGCCUCCUGGCUGAACUCAGUGCCACGGUCUGCCCUGUGGCCUCUGUAUGAUCCGACUAGCAAUAAGACUUUGGACUUGUCUGGUGCCUUUCUUCCAAAAAUACUCAGAGAACUCUUACAUAAUUAACUGACUUUAAGGAGAAUGGCAUAUAUUUUUUAAUAUUGGCAUUCUGGCAUUUUCCUCUGGCUGCAAUGACAAAUGCCUUUAAUGCUCAAGAGUCACCAUCAUUCUGUCAUCUUCAUCUUAGCCAUCUGUACAUUAUCCCAUUUUACUGGGGAAUUCCAUAAAGAAUUUCAUAAUGCAUUUUUGAAUUGGGAGAGCAAAGGUUAUAAAUAGCGCUAUAUUCUAAGAGAGCCAAUAAGAUCCUUUAUCAAACUCGUUAAUAGAUAAUGAAUUCUGGGGAUUACUCUUGCAGUAAUUCUGAUGAUAAAUAACGUUACAGUGGUAACAGGAGCGGUGGAGUUUUUUAAAAGGUGAGUACUAAUGAAAGCAAUCUCUGUGGUACAUUGAAAGGUAUUCAAGAAAUAGUAUACAAAUUGCAUUAGUCACUUCUCCGUUAUAUUUUAGGGAACAAAAUAGGUUAGGGUUUUUUUUUUUCAUAUAUCGUGCUGAAUAAAAAUCAAUUUUGAAAGGAGGGCUACAAA